AGGAGAUGAAGACCCACUGUAUAGAUGCUGGCUUGGUGCCAAUCCUGAUCCCAUUAUUGGACAGCACAGACCAAGAAAUGUUGCUUCAUGUGGGCAGGGCCAUUGGUCGUAUCUGCUACGAUAACAAUGACCUUCAGGAGCAGCUGGUGGGGGCGGAGGUGAUCACGUCACUGGUCAGGAUAAUGUCGGACUAUCCCGAUAAUGAACCUCUUGUCCGUGUCAACCUGCUGGCCUUAUCCAACCUUGCAGAUAUAGACACUGCUAAACAGGCCCUUAGCAAGACCAGAGUUGCAGAAAAUUUGGUACGUCAGCUGCGGGCAGCAAACCACCACGAGAAGGUAGAAAUCAUCCUUGAGGUUCUUCAGACACUAGCAGAGAAUGAUGCCCUAAAAUCUCAGUUGGUUGAAGCUGGAAUUCAGGAAGCCAUAGUUGAGAUCCUGCUGAGGCUGCAAGACAGUUCCAAGCCAGAAGAUGUGUGCAGCUUGAAGGCUGCGUCGGAUCUGAUUGUGUCAUUGCUACUUGGAGAUGAAUCCAUGCAGCAGCUGUUUGCAGAAGGGAAUGGUGUUAUCUACCAGAGUGUUGGAACAUGGCUUGCAUCCAAGCACACCCAGUUACAGCUGACGGGGGCUCUGGCCAUUGCUAACUUUGCCAGGAAUGACAGCAACUGUUUGCGGAUGGUGCAGCUGGGAAUCGUACAACAACUUCUGGACCUUUUGGAGCAACAUGUGGAAAGUGGAGAUGUCUCUGUUCAACAUGCUGCCCUGAGUGCUCUCCGAAACCUUGCUAUACCAGUGGCUAACAAAGUUCAGAUGCUGGACGAAGGGGUUGGCCAACGUAUCCAGAUGCUUUUGAGGUCGGAGAUGCCUCCUGUUCAGUUUAAGCUUCUUGGGACACUACGAAUGUUGAUGGACGGUCAAGCUGAUGCAGCAGAGGAACUGGGCCAGGAUCCGGUGCUGCUCAACAGACUGGUGCAAUGGUGCAAUUCAAACGACCACGCUGGAGUCUGCGGAGAAGCAAACCGACUGCUUGCAUCACUUUUGCGUCACAGUUGUUCUCAGGAAGUUGUCAAAGCCAUUCAAGAGGCCCAGGCAAUGAAGCACCUGGUUUCUAUGGCAACCAGCGAACAUGCCAUAAUGCAGAAUGAAGCACUGAUUGCCUUGGCGAUAGCUUCUGCGGUCAAUUUAGAAAUCAUCAAAGAGACAUUUAAAGAGGCCAAGCUUGUUCAGAACAUACAUAAACUUCUCCAAGAUGAAAGCACAGGCCCAGAGGUGAAAUAUAAUUCAAUAGGUCUGUUGUGCAGCCUCCUGAAUUCAGGUGACCUUCGGAAAGAGGCCGAAGAGGACAAGAUGAAAGAAACCCUUGAGAAGCUCUGUGGCCACAUCAAUGGUAAUGUAGCCAAACAGGCGCUAAUGGCGGUUCAGAUACUGAAUGAGGAGCACCGCCUCUUUGAACCAUAA